AUGCAAUUUUCUACUAUUUUAUCUACAUUAGCUUUAUCAGUCGUCACUGUCUUAGCCGAAGACACUAACACUACAUCUAUCCCAGCUGAAGCCAUCAUUGGAUACAUGUCCUUAGGUUCCGACAGAGAUGUCGGUAUUAUUCCUUUUGGUAAUGCUACUUCUAAUGGUUUGCUGUUCAUCAACACCACCAUUGCCAAGGAAGCUGCCUUAUCUGAAGAUUCAGACAAGUUAGCUAAGAGAGAAGCAGAUGCCAGUGCAUGGCAUUGGUUGGAAUUAGACUGGGGUCAACCUUUGUACAAGAGAGAUGCCAAUGCUGAUGCUGAAGCAGAUGCCAGUGCUUGGCAUUGGUUGGAACUUGAUUGGGGUCAACCUCUAUAUAAGAGAGAUGCCAAUGCGGACGCCGAUGCGGACGCUUCUGCUUGGCAUUGGUUGGAAUUGGACUGGGGUCAACCAUUAUACUAA